AUCGAAAUGUUUAUUUACGAAUCCUGAUCUUACACGUGUGUCAGGAAAUAAGUAGUUAAUAAAAAUUUCGGUUAAGCGAAAUUUCUAUAGUAAAUUUGCAUCACUCAAUGUUUUUGUAAUUUCUGCAUACUGUACUGUGCCGUGCUCUACCAGUGUUUAUCAGUCAGGGGCUCUAUUUAGAGAGAUAACAAAUACAUCUAAACUUAUCUGCUGUGUAAAGGAAAAUGAAAAACUUUGUAAUUCUGCUGUUUGUGUUUUGUUGUUGCCUUGUGGCAAAUGUCAGCACAUACGGUGGGUCUUCAGAUUCUGUCAGACUAAGUGAUAUUCAAGUACUUACUCUUUACCAUGGAAAAAUGACCGCUGGUAGACGUUCUUCACCAGUUCAACAGUUGAAAUGUGUGGGAGGAACUGCUGGAUGCAAAGCAUUCACACCCAAGGUGGUUCAAUGUUAUAACAGAGGAUGGGAUGGCAAUGAUAUACAGUGGGAAUGCAAAACUGACAUGGAUAAUGCUUAUCGCUUUGGUGACAUCUCUGUCUCCUGUGAAGGCUACUCUUAUGCUGAUGAUCCAUAUAUUUUAAAAGGAUCUUGUGGACUUGAAUACACCUUAGACUUAACAAAAGAGGGCUAUGGAAACCAACAAGGACAUGACUAUUACGGGAGUGCUUUCCGUGCAAAUGAUAGAAAGGGAAAUUACAGUACUGAAGAGCCUAAAACAUCAUUGCUGGGAAAUCUUAUUCUUCUUGUGGCAGUUGGGUUGAUUAUUUAUGCCCUUUAUAGGACGUGCAUUGCACCCCCUUCUGAACGAGUCUUUCAAUCCAGUACCACUAGCGAUGAUUUCGGUGGAUACCCAGGAGGUGAUCCAUAUCACGCAAAUGCCCCUCCUCCUCCAGCGGGAUUUCGAUCAGAAUUUGCACCAAAUACUGGGUCGCCUUUUGGAGCGUCCUGCGGAGGAGAGCAAGCCGGUUUUGGCAGUACGGCUGCUGGCGGUCGUCCGGGCUCUGGUGCUGGAGGAUUUUGGACAGGGGCUGCUGCAGGAGGACUACUUGGUUAUAUGUUUGGAAACCGAGGGAAUGCCAGAACAUCUCAGACCUACAGAACUGGUAGAAAUGACUACUCGGACAAUGCAUUUUGGGGCGGAACUUCUCGGGGAAGUAGUGGAAAUUCACCAUCAAGUGGAAUGUCAAGUACCGGCACCAGAACAGCAUCAGGAUUUGGAGGGACAACACGCCGUUGAACGUCAACGCUUAAUAGUCAUUUCUUUCACUGUAGGUUACUUUGUUAAAACACUUGAUAGUCUUCAUUUUUGAAUUUAACAUGUAGACGCUGAAAUUGCCGUGGUUUCCGUAACACUUUCGAUCAUUCUGUUUGUUUAGCAAAAAAAAAGCGGUUAUAAAAUUUGA